AUGAUUUCUGGCGAGAUUGUCGAUGCAGGAGAUAUUUUAAAUACCUUGGUGGUUCAUAUAGGGAAGUUGGACAGGGUAGCAGGGCAAAAUAAAAUUUGCCAGCCUGGGAGGUGUUUGUGGUUUGACCGCAUAAUACUGAGCAAAAUUUGGAGGAAUUAUAGAAUUGUACUGGUGGUACAAGGAGAGAAUGUCGCCAGAAGUGACACUAUUGCAGUUCUGCGCAGCUGCCAUCAUGACAUUCUUCAGGCCGCUGGGGCAUUCUUGCAACAUCGCUCCCUGAGUAAAAUUCGCGAUGAUUCUUUCAGAUCCGACGCGGGGCAAUUGCAAGGCUGUGGUGCAGCAUUGAAGAAAGGCGUACCUCUUCGCGGAUAUUGGAAGGCAGCCAAAGGCUCCCGGCAGAAAGGCACAUCUUGCAGUCCAGUAGGUCCUCUGAGUGGCCUUGUCCCACCAAGAGUAUACUGCGGCCUCUACUGUAGCAGAGCAAAGCAGCAAGUCAUAGCUUCUGCGAUCAUUUUGGCUAAUCUCAUAGCAUUUUCACUAUCAUUAGGUGGGGCGGUGAUAGUAGAGGAUGGCGAAGACAGCGGUUCCAUUGAAUGCAUGGAUUUCCGCCAGAAACUCUAUUCUUUGUGGGAGCUUGGUGUUAUGAUGACACAUUGGGCAUUUCCGCCAGAUAUUGCCAGCCCAAUUUUUAUUUCUAAGCGAAAAUGGUGA